AAACUUCAUAUUAUCAUCUUUUCAAAUUACCAACAAAUGGCAGCUAAUUUUAUUGCGGCAAACGCUAGCGUCGCAAUUGAUAUUGUUGUGUCAAUGGCCUGCCUUAUGGCAAUGUUUAAUGCCAAAUCAACCAGGCGCAAAACAUUGCCCACGCCUGCAUUUUCACUGAUUGCAUUGGGCAUUGCCAAUGUGGCACUUGUUGUAAUCCAGAGCGUGUCCAUCAGCUCAGUUGUUUUUACUGCUUCUUUGUCUGCUGCAGUCUCGCUGACAGCAUAUUCGGCAUUUUGCCACUAUUUGGGCGCAGCCAGCGGCAGCAAUGCACUUGCCUGCUUUCAUGUGGCCAGAAUUUACCGACUGGGCCAAUCGCCGCUGAUAAUGACCCUGCCAGCAACCGCAGCCAGCGCAGCAAUUCACCUUUGGCUCGCGUGGUAUGCGUUGAAUUCGCAGUUGAAAAGCAACAUUUUGUUCCAUCUCAAGGGCAUUUGCGCUCUCGAUGGGUUUGUUUUUGCCAGGCUCAUGCGCAGUGGUGGCCUUUCUAUUGAAGAUUUGCGCAACCGCAAGUUUGAGAGCGAGUUUAGCGAGCACAGUAAAAGAGCAGUGUUUGACCCAUUGCAAAGGCAAUUCUUCUAAAAUAAAAUACAUGCUAAAUGAUAUAUUUGACCAACUACAAUUAGUUUGUUCUAAACACACCAAUAUCUUAUUAC